AACCAUCAAACACCACACAGAAUACUAGAGAUGAAUUCAGCAUAAACUGGGGAUUAAUACCGGGGCACAUGUGAGUAACGGUGAACGCUGAUGAUAUUCAGAGAAGGUCGACGAAUCGUGUGUAAAUUAUAAGACAUAAUUUAUCAUCGACCGUUCUAAAGACUAAGAGCAUAAUUUGGGACGUUAAAACUGCAAACACAAUCAUCGAAAAUGGCAAUGACUGAGGAUCAGUUAAAGGAAUUAGAAGAGACUUUCUUAAUUUUUGACAAAACUGGUGACCAGAAACUUGAUGUUGAAGAAGCAGGAAGAAUGUGGAGAUCAACAGGAUUAAAUCCGACCAAAUCGGAAAUACAAGAGAUGUUCGACGAAAUUGACCAGGAUGGUCGUGGAACGAUAGACUGCGAAGAAUUUAUAAAAUGGAUGGAAAAAAAUGGAAACAGGAAUUUUGUUGAUAACUUGGAGGAAGAAAUGAGAGAAGCAUUCAGAGUAUUUGAUAAAAAUGGUGACGGUUUUCUAGAUAAGAAAGAAUUCAAACGUAUCAUGACUGAACUUGGAGACGAACCCUUGACCUCUGAAGAAUUAGAAAAUCUGAUGGGAAAAUACGACGAAGAUGGGGACGAAAAAAUAAGCUAUGAAGAAUUCAUACCAGGUUUUGUGAAAAUGGCGCGAAACAGAGAUGCAUUUGAAGAACAAGAAGAUGACGAACAAACAAACAAUGAAAAUGAAUAUUAAACAACACAAUGACGAACAAACAAACAAUGGAAAUUAAUACUAAACAGCAUAAUUCAUUACGAACAAACACAAUGAAAAUGAAUACUAAACGGCACUAUUCAUUAUAGACUGACUUGUUAACAUUUGUACAUUUUAUCCUUUUUUGUGCAAUAUAUUCUCAUAAAGCUUUUCUAUUAUCAAUUUA